UACAAAUUAGUCAGCUCCAAUUAAAUAAACCCUAAACCCUUCCCGUACUUGCGUUGAAGUUCACUCUUCCGGCGGAGAACAUGGCGGAGAAGGACUUGGAUUUCGACGGCGCAAGUAAAGCUCCGACUAGGCCAUCACGUUUUGCUCCCAAAAGCUCUAAACUGAAGCCCCAACCCCAACCAGUAACCAAACCCCAACCUGAGACACCGUUAUCAUCUUCUGAUCCUCCUAUUCCGACUAAAAAGGAAGAAUUAGUGUCAAAACCCUCAGUAAAAGAUCAUCCAGACGAAAAUGGAGCAGCAAUGGGUAAAGAUGACGUUCCAUUGUAUGAAAAUACUACGGGAGACGACGUGGCAGAAGAAGAACAAGUCGCCAUGGAUACUGAUAGAGUUGAAGAUGAAGUUGUUCAUGAAAUUGAUGUGUUUUUUACCCCUUCCUCUGAUCCUAACUCUCAGCUAUAUGUGUUCCAAUAUCCGUUGAGGCCCGUAUGGCGUCCCUAUGAAUUGGAGGAAUGAUAGUCAAGAGGUGAGUCACAAAAAUUGCUUUUGGUGUUUCUUAUGCAAAAUAAAUCAGUAGUAUCAAUCAUUCGGAACCGAAAUAUUGUUUUUUGGACUCAAAACACUUUUUUAAGUUUAAAAAAAAAAAGUUACAAAAAUACCGCGUUUUCUACAUUUUUUGCAAAAACCUACUAGUACUAUAGUAAGUACCCGAGACCGGAACCUAAAUAAUGUGUGUUUGGACUCAAAACACACAAAUAAGUGUAUUAAAAAAAUGACAUUUCUAUAUAUAGCGUGCAACAACAACACGCUAUAUAUUAACGGUAACGUCUGCUGUUAAGUAUAGCGUGUUGUUGUUACACGCUAUAUGUAUAACGCACAAACAGAAAACGAUAUCCUCUGAUUUUGGCCCCACCAAUAAGUGAACUAACAAUCACAAUUAUUUCAAUGUAUAUCGUGUGUUUAGAAAACGCUAUAUAUCCAAAAUUUUCUACCUCCCGGACUAGCCAUUUCCUAUAUAAAGUGGUCAGAGUAUUUGGAAAAAUCGUUCACAUACAAUUCUAAUUCUCUUCAAUAUUUUCUUGUUGUUAAACUCUGAAGCAUUUUUUUCGCAAUGUCUGAAGAGCGUAGAAUAAGAGUUUCAUUAUAUUAGGGGGGUGAGGUUGUGACGGAGAAUAACUCUGUGAGGUAUUGUUUAUCUCCACCGGGUCAUGCUAAAUUACCACUUACACUAGAGUACGAUAAAUUGAUAUCGUUGUUAUGCAAAAAAAUGGGAAAGAGGAAACGUUCAAUGAUACUUAAAGUAAUUGGAAGAUAUCCGUAUUCCGUCACUCCGCAAGGGGCUGCUUUUUACUCGGAGUUAAACAUCUACGAUGAUGAAACUUUGAGGGAUUUUCUGAGGACUCCGGAUGAAUACCGGGAAUAUCUUGUAAUAAAUAUGUUGGAUAUGUACGUCAAGGUCGAAGAUGUUCCAAACAAUGAGGUGGCCGGACAUGUUCCGGAUAACCCCCAGUCAUCGGCUGGCUAUUCUGGAGGAGUUUUUGCCGGACAUGUUCCUGAUGAAAGAGUUUUUCUUGAUUUAAACUUAUCCCCGCCUGCUUUACAUAAUUCACAAGACGAGUGGUAAGCUUCAAUUUUCCUUUGUGGUACGAUGUACAAUUUUGUUGUAUUCAAUUUGUAUUAACGCUCAUAUAUUUAACAGGGGGUACAAGCCGGAUAUGAGUUUUAUAAAUAAUGAACCCGGGCAUAGUUUUGGUGUGUUGGAUCAAAGUGAUCCAUCCGGGAGCUAUCACCUACAUGAAAAUGUCCAUCAUGGAAUUUUAUCACAUUGAAGUGAUACGGCUAUAUGAAAAGUAUUUUGUAAAUUUAGCAUCUUAUUAAUUUGUU